UUGAGUGAGAUCAGCUAAAAACCGUGAUGAGGCGGCAGUUCUCUGUUUUCAGUGGAUACUAUUGCUAGCUGUUUAAUUUUCGUGAAAAGUACAAUCAAAUUCAUACGCGUUUGUUAGAUUUUAUAUUCUCGGUAGUCGUAGUGCAGCAUAAAAAUGCGUCUUAGUCCAAUUGACCCCAGCUCGUAUUCGAAUGCACAUGAAGUCAUCAUUCGCCAUGUGGAUCUCGAUUGGACAGUCAACUUUGAAAAGUCUACGCUUUCCGGAGGCGCUUCCCUGUAUUUCAAAACAUUGAGAGAUGAUGUCGAAGAAAUCUUUCUGGAUUCCAGUGAUCUGGAUAUUGCAUCCAUGGCGAUCAAAACGUCCGCCGGUGAGGUCCCGGUUACAUGGGACAUGGGAGCCCCGAUUGAAAAUAUCGGCUCCAAGUUGACCGUUUACUUGCCUACGAAAACGUCCGGCGAAUUUACGUUGGUUGUCGAGUAUGAAACCAAUCCGAAGGCGAGCGCCCUUCAAUGGUUGACUGCCGAGCAGACCUGUGGAAAACAACAUCCCUAUCUGUUCAGCCAGUGUCAGGCCAUUCACGCGCGGUCUCUCGUACCCUGCCAGGAUACACCGGCUGUGAAGUUUACCUACAAUGCUACGCUUCGCCAUCCUGCGGGUGUGACCGGAUUGAUGAGCGCUGUCAAAAAGAAGUCAGAGUCAGGUGUGUCGUAUUUUGAGCAGAAAAUUCCCAUUCCAAGCUAUCUGUUAGCCAUCGUGGUAGGAGCUCUGGUGGAGAAAUCCAUCGGUCCGAUCUCCAGCGUCUGGGCGGAGAAAGAGCAAAUCGACGAAUCGGCGGAGGAGUUCUCGCAAACGGCAGAUUUCAUCGCCAAGGCGGAGGAAAUCUGCGGACCAUACGUGUGGGGUCGGUACGAUUUGUUGGUGAUGCCGCCGAGUUUCCCAUUCGGUGGGAUGGAAAAUCCGUGUCUGACCUUUGUGACUCCUACCCUGCUGGCAGGCGACAAGUCACUGGCGACGGUCGUGGCACAUGAAAUCGCUCACAGUUGGACCGGAAAUCUGGUGACCAAUCGGAAUUUCGAGCAUUUCUGGCUCAACGAAGGGUUUACUGUUUUCGUGGAGGGAAAAAUCGUUGGCCGACUGUUUGGUAACGCUUCACGGGACUUCCACGCUUUACACGGCUUGAGCGAACUGACGGACUGUAUCAAGACCCAGCUGGCUGAUACACCUGAGCUUACCAAACUGGUGGUAGACCUGUCCGAGUGCAGUCCGGAUGAUGCAUUUUCAACCGUUCCUUACAUCAAGGGCUCCACAUUCCUUCGCUACCUGGAGGACCUCCUAGGAGGACCGGAAAAGUUUGAACCGUUCUUCCGUUCCUAUUUGGAUAAGUUCAAAUAUCAGUCCGUGUUGACAAACGAUUUCAAGAAAGCCCUGUACGAAUGGUUCCGCGAAGAUCCCAAGAACGAGGUAUUUUUGGAACGCAUCGAUUGGGAUCGUUGGUUGUCGUGCGAAGGAAUGCCACCGGUCAUCCCGAACUACGACCGUUCGCUUUUGGAUGCCUGUCAGAACCAUGCGAAACUGUGGGCUGAAAAUGACCUCGAAACAAUCAAAUCGUCCCCAAUCUUGUCGGAGUCGUUGACCAGUAUUCAAUUGAUUGAAUUCUUGGCCCAGCUGUUGGAGAAGAAAAAAAUCCAAGAUUUAACCGCGGAAAAGAUUGCCCUAUUGGACCGAACCUACCAGAUCCACGCAACGAAGAAUGCCGAAAUCCGUUUUAGAUUCGUUCGUCUGUACAUUCGUGCCAAAAUGAUGGAUAAAAUGGAUGAAAUCCUAGCCUUUGCCAACAGCAACUUCCGUAUGAAGUUUGUCCGACCUGUCUACAAGGAAUUGGCGGGCUGGCCGGAAGCCAAACCAAUCGCUAUCGAAAACUAUAAUAAGAUCAAAGACCAGAUGAUGACCGUUUGUGCCUAUACGGUUUCGAAGGAUUUGGGACUGGAAUCUGGCAAAUGAUCGGUGUAUGUUACGAAGAGAGUUCACUUUUUUGGCAUUGAUGAUGAUGGAUGAUGUUUUUUGAUAACGUUUAAUAAACUAUCGAUAACAA